GGCGGGUCAUGCCUUCCCUCCUCCGGACCAUCCAUUCUAGCAUCAACCAAACUGUCAGCUGGGAUAAUGAUUUUAAAGGUGAAAAGCCCAGAGCUGCCAUAAACCUCGGCAGAUAACCCCCCCCCCACCACCACCACCACCCCUCUCUUCCGGUUUCACAUCAUUGGGUUUCAUUGUGGAGGAGGACAGUAAAACACAUCAGCUGCAUGAGAUGGAGAGGAGUCGAGGACUUCAACAUGAACGGCGGAUGUGAUCCAAAUAACGGCUGGACCAGAUCCCAUAGGCUUUAUCUCCUAGAUUUUCCAGCUGUUGACCCUUGUGUUAGACUCUUCUGUUGUACCUGCCUGGGCUCCUGUUUGUCCCUGCCUGCUUGGCUGUGCUGAGUGAUGAAGAUCCCUCUGUGGAACCUGGUGGUGCUGCUGGCAUGUCUCUUCACCCCUGGACGCAGUGACUGCCAGGAGGACUGUGUGGCCUGUAGCUUGGUCUUUCAGCAGCAGCAGCAGAUGCAGCAAGCCUUCAACACCAUGGUGUGUUUGUUGGAGUGCGAGGGUCACGUCUCCUCUUCGCUCACAUGGGAGGUGUGUAGACACGCCGUUAAGCUAUCGCACUAUCCCGCGCUGUCGGAGCGAGGCGCUCUGAUCAAGAGGGCGGGACAGGAGCUGGAGCUCACCUCUCUGGACCUGAACUCUGACAGUGAACUGCUGCAGUCGGUGGCCACGGAGCCCUUCCAGGAGGGGGAGCGGGAUGAGGCGCCCUUUGAGCCGCGCAAUGGCCAGUAUGACUCAUCUCUGCCGGAAUCCUCCUCCUCCGAGGUGGAGGGGGAGGGCCUGCGGGGUCUGGAUCUCAGCGUGGCGGACGCAGAGAGGAAGCCGAGGGACGAGAGGAACGCGGGGAGCGACAGCCAGCCGGAAGGGGACGAGGACGACGCCUUAGGGGCCGUCACCUUAUCCAAACGCUUUGGUGGCUUUCAGAGGGGGCGCCACGCAUACAGGAAGCUGAUCGGCCCGGCCGUGAGGCCCCUACAAAAGCGCUACGGCGGCUUCAUAGGUGUCCGGAAAUCUGCCCGCAAAUGGAACAGUCAGAAGCGGGUGAACCAGCUGCUCAGGCAGUACCUGGGCAUGAGGAGCAGCCGCAGCGGCAGGUUCAACAACAUCCCUGUAACUCGCGUGUGGAGGCAAAACAAACUGUAACGCAUCUACGUCGCUCUCCCUGCUCCCAGUUACCUCAACCAGAUCACCUUUUCAGCAUCUCACUCCGCAUUUGAAUUGUGUCAUCACCCGAAAAAGAACAGCCUCCGCCCAAUCUCGCCACGCCUCUUUUUGUGUCUCUAAGUAUCAAGGAAUGUUUUGACCGUGAUGUUCUUCUUAUUAAGCAUAUUUUCACGCCAUUCUAUCAAAUAAAAGAAUUAGAGAAGUGCAAUUGGAUAUAUU